AUGAAGAGUGUAAACGAAGAAAACAACCACAAGACCUCCUCACCGUCGUCUCCAAAACGCCUACACCGCCGUGAGAUCUCAACCGGAGAAAAGUCCGUCUUUAUCAAUACCCCACUAGACCUAACGGUGGAGAUACUCAAGAAACUUCCCGCAAAGUCUCUCUUGAGGUUUCAAUGCGUGUCGAAGCAAUGGUUAUCAAUUAUCAGCAGCCGUAGAGACUUCAUAGACUCGAUCGUGACUCGUUCUUUGACUCAGCCGCCGCCUCGUGACAUCAAACUCAUCUUCCACCACCAAAUCCUUUACCCGGGACCUCACUAUUUCAUCUUCUCGUCUUCAUACCCUCAAAACACCGACAAAGAAGCACUAACGACCAAAGCCACAUCGUAUCACUAUGUCCGUGGCUUGAUUUGUUGUUGGUCGGACUGUCCUACUACGGUAGAGAUAUAUAACCCUACAACGAGGCAGUACUAUACAGUACCGGACACGAACCGGUACCAACUCAUAGAUAGAUGUUUCUUUGGUUACGACCCUAUAGAAGAUCACUACAAAGUAAUGGUAUUACCAAAAUACCAUAUGGAGGAGGUGCCUUGUCAAGUUUUCACAGUGGGAGAUCCCAAGGAGAAGCCAUGGAGAUGCAUCCAAGGCAUUGGACUUCACUACCCUUGGUCACCUGCGGUUUGUGUCAAUGGGGUUAUCUAUUACCGAGCAAGUAAUGAUUAUCGCGGUUCUAAAUUUUUCUUGGUGAGUUUUGAUGUUAGUUACGAGAGGUUUAACCAUGUCAAGACUCCGACAACACUGAUGGAUCACCGUUGCAGUUUGAUAAACUAUAAAGAGAAGUUAGGACUCAUGUGUUGCGAGAAAGGUGUGGAGAUUUGGGUUAUGGAGGAUGGUAAGAAGAAACAAGAAUGGUCCAAGAUUGUCUUUUAUGAGAUGGAGGGUUUAGAAGAUUGGCGUGUUGCGGGUGUCACGCAUGGUGGUGAGAUUGUUUUUGUCACUGGGAGUUUAAAUACUGUGGAUACGUUAUAUGUUGUCUAUUAUGAUCCAACGCGAAAUAGUAUGAGAGACGUUGAAGUCGAAGGUACGAUGGUGGAGGAUACAGAGAGUGAACGUAAGCAUUAUCUUCGUAUAUGGGCUGUUCCUAAUUUUGUCGAGAAUACAUUGCGCUUGUAACUUCC